AGGCCACUGAAGCGGAGUGUGCGCACUUAACCGCUGCACCACUGGGCCGGCCCCCGCCUCUGAAGUGUUUUAAUCAGAGAAGAUAAAUGAUCAUUUUUGUAUGUUGGGCCCUUCUAGAUGCUGAGUGGUUGAUGAGGCGAAGGUGAAAUUGGGCUAUUUGCUGCAACUUCUUUUCCUGGUAGCCCAGCGAGAAAUUUACAUUUUGACUUUUUAUUGCCAUGGCUUUGGUUCACAAGUUGCUGAAUGGCACUUGUAUUCUCAGAAAAUGCCCAAAGCCAAGUGUUGCCUCGUAUCCAUUUUUGGGUACUCGCUUUGCAGACUAUUGUUCCAGUAGUCUUCAGAAACCAGCACCUGUUCCUGGCAAAGCUUCCUCUCAGAGGAAGACUGAAGGGGAUUUGCAAGGACAUCACCAAAGAGAUGUUGCUUUGGAUAUAACCUGUCCUGAGGAGAAGCCUGAAGUUAGUUUUGAUAAAGCAAUUAAAGAUGAAUUAAAGAACCAUUUUUGGCGUUUGAAGGAUGAUAUUGUGAAUCGCUGGAUAGGCCCUGAAGGCCGCCCUCUGCAUGAGGUCUUGCUGGAACAAGCGAGGGUUGUCUGGAAGUUCCGUGGAAAAGAAGAUUUGGAUAAGUGGAUAGUGACUUCUGAUAAGACAAUUGGAGGCAGAAGUGAAGCGUUCCUGAAAAUGGGCAAGAAUAACCAAAGUGCACUGCUGUAUGGCACUCUGAGCUCUGACACGCCUCAGGAUGGGGAGAGCAGCCGCAGUGGGUACUGUGCAAUGAUAUCCAGGAUUCCAAGGGGCCCUUUUGAGAGAAAGAGGUCUUAUGAUUGGUCCCAGUUUAACACACUUUAUCUCCGUGUCCGUGGAGAUGGUCGGCCUUGGAUGGUGAAUAUCAGGGAGGACACGGAUAUAAUCCAGAGGAAGAAUCAGAUGUACAGUUACUUCAUGUUCACCCGGGGGGGGCCCUACUGGCAGGAUGUCAAGAUUCCUUUCUCCAAAUUUUUCUUCUCUAAUCAAGGAAGAAUCCGGGAUGCCCAGUACCAGCUUCUGCUUGACAAGAUCUCUUCUAUCGGAUUCACCCUGGCUGAUAAAGUGGAUGGUCCUUUCUUCCUGGAAAUAGAUUUUAUUGGAGUGUUUACUGAUCCAGCCCACACAGAAGAAUUUGCCUAUGAAAAUUCUCCAGAGCUUAACCCAAGACUUUUUAAAUAGAGAUUAUGUGGUAGUUUUGUGUUAUUAAACUAAGAGUUGUAGGAUCCACGAUAACACAGACAAAAUAAAGUAUUUCUUUGAUGGCAACCAA